AUGAAAAGCAAAUGCAAGAUAACCAACUCAAUGACUUUAGCAGAGUGUUCAAAGAAAAUAACAGAUGACCAAGACAAAAUCCAAAGUAGUACUGAAAUAAUUCGGUUACCAGAAAGCGAUAAAAAGAAAUCUGAGCCUUCGUCUAGAGUAAGCAGUCGUCCACAAACACCAAAAAGUUUGCAAUCAAGUCUAUCUCGAACACAACGGAUUUCAAGCCGACCAGCAACACCCGCAAAUUUAUCACAAAAAAUUGCUACAACGCCUAGUCGUCCAAAUACCCCACAUCGAUCUUCUCUCCCUCGGCCUAAAAACACUACUGCAUUGAAAUCUUCUCCUCGCUCUCAAACGCUACUUGAAAAUAACAAAUCAUCAAAGAACUUAAACAAUGAUCCUGAAGAUAUUACAACGAUAUACAAUACUAAACAAAGAGAAUUUCAUCACAUGAAAAAGGAAUUAGAUAUGAAACAGCAAGCGAUAUUGGAAAUGUUUAAUAUUCUACAAAGUUUACAAGAUCGUAUGGCGAAGGAAGGGAUAUCUGGUGAAGGCGAGGGAAUAUCAAAACAAGAACUAGUGAUACUGAACGUCACUGACUGGGCAGCUGAGGAAGUAUCCCAGUUAUGUAACAAUGCCCAUCCUUCUGUGGAAGGAGCUGGAGAAAUCAUAAACACAAUGAUACCUAUUGAUGAGAACAUCUUAUCAGAAUGGGAUGCAAAAGUAUCUAAUUUGUCGGAAAAUUACGCAGAUUUAUGUCUACAAGCGUUCACAGCUCGUCAAGAGAUUAUAGACUGGGUUAAAGAUGUAAUAGCAAAGCAAGAUGCAAUAAAUGAAGAGGAUUUGACGCGUAUUACUGCUUAUAACACCCAAGGUCUUGAGCUAUGCGACCUGCUUCGUGAACUGAAAAACCGAGCGGAUGAAUCUGUGCAUGGAAUUUCGCUUCUGUUGAAAAAAGCAUGUCAGGAACGCGGACUAUUGAUCUCAGUGGGAGAAUCACUAGUGAAAGAACUGGCGCGUCUAAGACAAGAUAUAGAAUUGCACUCUGCAGUAACAAUGGAAUUUAAUGCAAUUAGCGCCGCGGAAUCUGAAACAGCUAAAGCACUUGAGUAUACCCGUCGAGAACUAGAAGAGGAACGUGUAUCUAAAGCCACCAUGAAGGAAAAAUUGGCUACUACGGAGUUGCAGCUACGACAAGCACGGGCAAGGAUUAAUAAAAUGGACCGGCAGUUGCGAGAGGCGGAAGCAAGUAUUACCAGUCUUACUGUUACUGUAAAGUCAUUGGAAGAUCAGAGUCGUCAAAAAGAAGUACAACUGGAAGCUCGAGCACGAAAGUUAAGGGAAUCAUUAAAAACUGGGGAAAUGACCAAUAAUCAAAUAAUGCAACAACGGGAUGCACUUGAGAACGAGUUAAUUAAAGUUAAAGAACAGUUAGAAAGGAAUACGAUCGAGAAUAAAUUUAUAAUACAAGAUUUAAACAAUCAAUUAAGAGAUUUAAAAUCAGCUCUGGAAGUGGAGAGGAAAAAAACACAGGAAGAAAUGGAAUUAAAAAAUAUGUUUGAAGAAUCAUAUAGGGAAAGUUUAAAUACUAUCGAAGAAUUGAAAGCGCAAAUAGUUGAUCUGGAAAAUAAAAAACCAAAUCCAGAUCUACCGACUGAAAGAGAAAUGGAGUUAAGAGCAGAAUUAAUUGCAACGAAAAGCACAUUGCGCAUAACAGAAGAAGAAGUGAUUUCAUGCAAACGUGAAAAAGUCCGGUUUUUGGAGACACUCACUAAAAUCGCUGAAUCCGAAAACAAAAUGGGUAUGCAACAGAAGUUGGCAGCCGAGCUUCUGAGCAAGGAAGAAAUAAUGAGCAAGAUGCAAACGCAAAUUCGAGAAAUGAAUAAGAGCAUAAAAUUGAACGAACAAAAAGUAAUUGAGUAUGAAAAAUAUAUAAGAGCUUUGCAGGCGUAUAGUCAAUAUUCAAGUAAUUCUCAAGAGGAAACGUCUAAUGGGGCAACCUAUCAGGAUUUACAACAAGAAAUAAUGCAAUUGAGAAUGGCACUAUUAGAAGCAGUUCAUAAACAUGAGGAGUUGUCGGAGCUGCUAACGCAAAAAGAACAGCAGCUGGAACAACAGGACAAGACAUCACGUGCCCAGGCAAGGGUCAUCAAGGUUCGUGAGGAAUUGAUCAACAUGCUAAAGAAUAAGGAGAGUGAGCAGAGUCGAGAACUCUCCACGCUGCAGCAAGAUCUUGAACAACGAAUGAGAAUAGUAGACGAAGUAAAUAAGCAAAUAGCUGCAAAAGCAGAUGAAAUUCAAGAGUUAUUUUCGACAUUAGAAAACAAACAGCAACAAAUUCAUCGGCUAGAGAAAAUCGUGUUGGCGUUAGAAGAGCAACAGAGACGGGCUCAAGCACAGCGUACGCGUCACGAAGAGAAGAUUGCAGCGCUUGAACAUGAGCUGGCUGCUGGUGGCAACAGGCGAGACAGGUAUGUCCUGGAUAAUGAUAAAUAUGGUUGUAGUUGA